CACCUGAAAUCCGAUUAGAUUUUUGUCUGUAGUACUGCAAACCAUGAUGUUCUUGUAUUUAAGUCCUUCAAGCAAUUCAAUUCCUUCAAUUCAAUUCAAGUAUGGGAACUCUAGUGGGACAUUUGGUACCUGGUUUGGCCCUUGCCUUUCUUGGGUUAAUGCACACAAUCAACACCAUUAGAGCUUACUAUCAAAAUGGCCCUGCUAAGUUCAGAUCAAGGUUUUGGUACCCAAUCAAGAAGAAUCAUCUUCUCUAUCUGGAACUCAUUCUUGUGUUGUCUUUCUCAGUUUUUGCCAUGGUUACACAGCUCAUAAGCUUCCCUCCUCUGCAAUUUUCUCUAGAGCUUCUGAAUCUAGAGCAUGCCACCAUGUUCCUUCACCUGGCCAUAUUUGCUGGGUUCACUCUUUUCGCUGAGUUGAACCACUCCACUGAGAUCCUAACCGGGAUCUCUGGUAUACUCGCCUCUUCCGUUUUCAGUCAAGAGCUUUUCUUGCUUCAUUAUCACUCCACGGAUCACGUUGGGCUAGAAGGCCAUUACCACUGGCUGUUACAGAUCAUUGUUUGCAUUUCUCUUAUGGCUGCCCUGUUUGUGACAACCUUUCCAGCGGUUUUCCCAGCGGCGCUUGUGCUGUCCGUGUCGGUUGUGUUCCAAGGUUGUUGGUUUGUGAACAUGGGGUUCAUGCUGUGGGUUCCUCGGUUCGUGGCGCGGGGAUGUAUGGGGCAGCAUAGUGAUGCAGCAGCGCAUCACAGCGCUGUGGUGUGUGGCAGCCAUGAAGCGGGCGUGAGGGCUGUGGCGCUGGCGAAUUUGCAGUUCAGUUGGAUUCUUGCUCUUAUUUUGGCACUUGUUGGUACUCUUUGCCUUGUUUUUGCUAGAAACCGAGCAGGCAGGGGGGGUUUCCCCAACUAUGAACAACUUCACAGUAGAGGGGUGGAUGACCCUGACGCUAUUAGUGGGUUGAAACAAGUUCAGGUAUAGGACUUUGGUGCUUUAAUUAGGUUCGAUGAUGACAAGUUAUGGGUAUAUCAUAUAUGGCUCUAUAGGGGGCAUGCUUGCCCUAAUUAUGUAUAUAUAUAUAUAUUAUGAACUGCCUUAUAAGCAUGUUUGCCCUAAUGAAUAUCCCACUUUUCCUGUUUGGAGCUUUGGGAAUCUUUCUUUUGAUGGGUAAAAAUAGGAAAACAAAUAUUCAAAA